UUCUCUUGUAUCACCUAGCCAGUUUGCCAGCAUAGAAAACCCUUGCACAACAGCCUGAUCCUUGUUCUUGGCCGCCGCAGUACUCGUCUCGCGACUGUCUCAGGAAAUCGCACUCGACUCACCCACGCGCGCCCUUAAACCGACACAACACGGACACACACGCUCUCUUGCGAUACGCACGAUCCCCCGUCGCCUGACGUCUUUGCCUUUGUCCACUGUCUCAACUGUCACCAAAACACGACGGCGGCCCCAUGACAGUCUUGGACGUCCUGGCUUACACCCAGGUCGCCUUCAAGGCUGGCGGUGACGCCCUCCUCGAGUCGCUUGCCACCAAAGGCAAAGGCAAGCCCAAGCCUCACCCUAAGCCCAUCUUUGUGCGGCACACGCUCUACAUCCUGCCCCUCCUCGUCGUCAUCUCGGCGACUACUCUCCUGCUAUCAUACCUCUUACCCCCGAUCUAUCGCUUUAUCCGUAAGCGCGUCUGCCCUCCAGCUCAGCAGCCCAUCUUCCUCGACGAUGGAGAGGUCGAAGUUGUUGAGGUCGUGGCCCCACCGCUCGCGCCCUACCUCCCUUCGCAGGGGCUCUGGGCGGACUUCAAGGCUCAUAUCAAGAGACUCCGCCUGCACGGCACCAUGAUCGUCGCUCUCGAGGUCCUCCGCUUUGCCUGUCUUGCCGCCCUCCUCGGCCUUAGCAUCUACGCUACUAUCCUCGCCGAGUCUCCUGAUGAGUCUGACUCGGAGGACCCUGUGGUUGACGCGAUGAAGAAGAAGAAGAAAAAGAAAAAGAACAGGUCGAACGUUGACGACUUCUCGUCUCUUGAGUGGGGAGAGUUUGGCGCGUGCUUGUUCUACGCCUACAACCUCCUCUUCUGCUUCCUCCUUCUCACGAAUCGCCCUGGCCGCCUCCGCCGUCGCCUGACGGCUCAUGUUGACAUCCUGCUGUUCCUCGCAUGCUGCCUCUUUGCGUACCGUGACAUUUACCCGAUCCUCACGACGUACAUGGUGCCCACCGACCUCAACACGCCGGUGACCUGGUCGCGCAUUAUCAUCCUUUUCGUCGCGGGCAUUCUUAUCCCGAUCUUGCGCCCUCGCACCUAUGUGCCUGUCGACCCGCUUAACCCGACACCAAUUGACCAGAUCAACCCCGAGCAGAUCGCGCCGCCCCUGUUUUACAUCUUCUACGAGUUCAUGACUCCCCUCGUUUGGAAGGCCUGGAAGGUCCCCUCGCUGCCCUACGAGGACAUGCCGCCCCUGGCUGAUUACGACCACUCCGAGUACCUUUACAACAAACACAUUGCGGAUCUUGACCCCGUCAAGCGCAAGGAGAGGGGCCUCAAGCCGCAGAACCUGCUAUGGAGCCUGCUCAGCACCUGGUGGUACCAGUUCACCGUCUGCAGCAUUAUGUGUGUGCUUGCUGCGGCAUUUGACGUUCUGCCCACCCUUGCCAUCAACGGAAUUCUCGUCUACUUGCAGAACGAGGGCCAGGGUGCUCUCCUCAGGCCUAUUGUUUGGGUCGCUCUCCUCUUCUUGGCCCCCACUAUCAACAGUCUAACCCUCAACUACUACAUCUUCGUCAUGACUCGCACCCUCGUUCGCACUGAGGCUCUGCUCACCCAGCUCAUCUUUGACCACGCUCUGCGCCUGAGGAUGAAGGACUCGGCAGAGGAGGAGGAGGAGACCCCCCCGGCCUCUGACACGCCAGAGGACGACGGAGGCGACGGCACCCGCACUCCUGGUAGCGAGUCUGCCAAGAAGUCGAACUCUGGGGACGAGUCGCCCAAGCCCAAGGAGGAGGGCAUCACGGGCAAGAUCAACGUGCUGUUGGCUCAGGACGUCGAGUCGGUUAUUGAUGGCCGUGACCUGCCCCUCCUGUUCGUGUACACCCCUAUCCAGCUCGGACUCUGCUUGAUCAUUCUCUGGAAGCUCCUUGGCUGGGCUUCUCUAUUCGGUGUUGUGACCAUGAUCAUCGGCUUACCGCUUCCUGGUUACGCAACCAAGCUGGCUACCAAGGUCCAGACCGACAGGAUGGAGGCGACUGACGCCCGUGUCGCGUCUGUCACUGAGGCUAUUGGCGCUAUCCGCAUUAUCAAGAUGUUCGGCUGGGAGGACAGAAUCAAGGCUCGCAUCGCCAGCAAGCGUGAGACUGAGCUGAAGCUCAUCUGGGACCGUCGCGUUGUCAACAUCUACAUUGAACUCAUCAACAUGUUCCUCCCUGUUCUCACCAUGGUCGUCUCUUUCGCCGCGUACACCCUCAUCUUCAAGCACAAGCUCACCGCCGCCACCGUGUUCACCAGCAUGACUGUGUUUGAGCUCCUCAAGGGUCAGAUGUUCAUGGCCUUCUUCUUCGUCAGCCAGUUUGUCACGUCUUAUGUGUCUCUCAAGCGCAUUAACAAGUUCCUGCACGAGAGCGAAAUGAUCGACGAAUACUCCGUGGCCGCGCCAAUCGAGGUAACCUCGCCUGCCAAGCUUGAAGCCGAGAACGAAGGCUUGAUCCGCCUUCACGACGCAACGUUCGCCUGGGGCGAGGACAGCAGCAACGAGAACAUUAUCAACUUCCGCCUGCGCAUUCCGGAUGUCACUUUCGAGAAGGGCAAGAUCAACCUCAUCACGGGCCCAACUGGCAGUGGCAAGAGUACUUUCCUCAAGGCGCUCAUCGGCGAGCUUCACUUUGAGCCUCGCGAGGGGUCCUUCUUCCACCUUCCUCGUGACGGCGGCGUUAGCUAUGCGGCUCAGGAAAGCUGGGUCAUGUCCUCGUCUGUCAAGGACAACAUUCUGUUUGGCCAGCCCUACGACGAAGCCCGCUACAAGCAGGUCAUCCACGACUGUGCCCUCCUGACCGACCUCAAGCUUCUUGAGGACGGCGACGAGACCGAGGUCGGAGAGAAGGGUAUCACCCUUAGCGGUGGUCAGAAGGCGCGUAUUACCCUCGCACGUGCCAUGUACGUCAACUCGGCAGUUGUCCUCCUCGACGACAUCUUCUCGGCUCUCGACACAUUGACAUCGCGCUUCAUCCUCGAGAACCUCUUCAAGGGAGACCUGGUCAAGAACCGCACCAUCGUCCUCAUUACGCACCACAUCCACCUUGCCGCCCAGGCUGCGAGCUUCAUGGUUACCCUCACCGAGGACGGUACCGUGACCAAGGCGGGUGCCAUCGACUUGUCAAUUCUUUCGUCGACGAGCUCGGAGGUUGAUCUUGGCAAGGCUGCCGAGGGCUCCCCGGCUUCUGAGUCCACUGCCGUUGACAGCAAUGACGCCGCCGCCACCGACGGCCCCACAAAGCCAGCAGCCAAGCUCGUCAAGGAUGAGGAGAAGUCGGAGGGCCGCAUCUCUCGCCGCGCUCUUCUUUCAUUCUUCAGCAAGUUUGGCGGCCCCGUGUUCUGGACAAUUGGGCUGGGUCUCCUCCUUUCUGGCCAGAUUUUCCAGUCAUUCCAGUCGUACUGGCUUGGUCUCUGGGCUACAGCCUACGCCGAAACCGAUAACCCCGAGUCGGUGUCGGUUCCGUUCUGGCUCGGCCUCUACCUGGUCUGGGUUGUCCUUGGCCUUGCUACCGUCACGGUUGCGACGCUUAUCUACUACUCUGGUGCUGUCAAGGCAUCCCGUUCCAUCCAUGCCGACCUCGUCAACAAGAUCUUUGGUGCCUACAUGCGCUUCCUCGACUCUACCCCGGUCGGACGCAUCAUCGGUCGCUUUACCAAGGACAUUAAGAAUAUCGACGGCGGCUUCACCGACACUGCUGCCUGGGUCGCGGAAAUCACUUUCAGUUUGAUCAUCAAGUUCAUUGCUGUUGUCAUUUUCGUCAAGUUCUUCACUAUCCCUGCCCUCCUCAUUGGCGUCGUCGGUGGUAUCAUUGGAGAGUUCUACAUUCAUGCCCAGUUAAGCGUCAAGCGUGAAAUGUCCAACGCCAAGACUCCCCUGUUCUCGAGCCUGGCCGCCGCUGUUACGGGCAUUGUCUCGAUUCGUGCGUACGCCGCGCAGGAGCAGAUUCGUCGCGACGUCAGGACCAAGGCCGACAAGUACUCGCGCUCCGCCACGGCCUUUUACAACCUCAACCGAUGGAUUACCGUCCGCAUUGACAUGCUCGGUGGUCUCUUUGCUUCUCUGCUCGGCGCGUUCCUCAUCUACAGCGUCCACCUCGACCCCUCGACUUCUGGCUUUGCUCUCCUCCAGGCCAUUGCCUUCUCCUCGAUGAUCCUCGUCUGGGUUCGCCUUGUUAACGAGAUGGAGGUCCAAGGAAACGCCGUUGAGCGUAUUGAGGACUACCUUGUCAUCGACCAGGAGCCUCCUUCCGUGAAGAGCAAGACCCCACCUGCGGCCUGGCCUACGUCGGGAGAGAUCGUUCUCAACCAACUCAGCGCCAAGUACUCUGCCGACGGCCCCACUGUUCUCGACAAUCUCAACAUCAAGAUCAAGAGUGGUGAGAAGGUUGGCAUUGUCGGCCGCACGGGCAGUGGCAAGUCGACGCUUGCUUUGGCUCUCCUUCGCAUGAUUCCCACCAGUGGAACGGUGCUCAUUGACGGUCUCCGAACGGACAAGAUCAACCUGCACGACCUCCGUUCCAACGUCACCAUCAUCCCCCAAGACCCCAUCUUACUCUCUGGCACGCUCCGCUUCAACCUCGACCCCUUCGACGAGAGCGACGACGCGACUCUGAACGAUGCGCUUCAGGCAUCUGGCCUGGGCCAGAGCGGCGGAGCCAGCAAUGGUCGCGCGACGCCCAAGAGACUCACGCUCGACACGAUCCUGACUGCUGGUGGCUCCAACCUGUCGCAAGGCCAGCGCCAGCUCGUUGCUCUCGCCCGUGCUCUUGUCCGCAACAGCAAGGUGCUCAUUCUCGAUGAGGCGACUGCCUCGGUCGACUUUGACACCGACUCGCUCAUCCAAAAGUCUAUCCGCUCGCUCCCCGACUCUACUACCGUCCUGACCGUGGCGCACCGUCUGUCGACCGUCAUGGACUAUGACAAGAUUCUUGUUCUCGGCGCCGGCAAGGUGCUCGAGUUUGACUCGCCCGACAACCUAAAGAAUAACCCCAACAGCUACUUUAGCAAGCUCGUCGAGGCCAUGGAGGCGUAGAGUGGUCGUGUUUGUCGUGUUUAGAAUGUCUGAAUGUGUGGCACAUGUUGAGUGGUUAAUGCAUUGUGUACCUGUG